CGUAUCUGGAUGGGGUGUACUUAAGCGCAAUAUGUAUAUACUUUCUGAAUUAAAGGCACCAAAUGUCACUAGACAAUCUAUACUAGUUGAUUUACAUAAUGAUAGAAAUCCCGUGCUAGUACUUACAAAGAUUAAUAGACUUGAGUUUCAUGAAAGAAGAAAUGAUUCGAUUGAAUAUACGAAAUUCUUAACAAAACCAAUAGAGAAGCCAACUAUUGCCAUUAAUAAACUUUACCUAAAGGAUAUAGGUGAAGUUUUAUUGGUAUUAGAUGACUCCUAUACAAUAAGUAUUGCGUAUUUUAAGAAUGAAAUCAUUUUCUUUCAUGAAAUCAUCAAGUUGAGCUCUCAGGGUCAACAAUUUUCUAUUGAUUCUAAUCCUAUGAUAGUGACAGAUAUGUCUAGUCCUAAUAAAUAUUUCAUCUUACAUACAUUCCAAGGUGUAUUGCUGUUAUUCAUAUUGAAUGAUAAAUAUGAUUUUAAUAAAGCUAAUACCCAAAGGAAACGAUCUAGACUGAGAAUUGAAGGUGAUGAACUCUUUUCUAUAACUUCUAAAUACAUUGGUUCAAUUGUGGUAUUGAAGAUGGCUAUUCUAAAGAAUGAUAUUCUAGCAGUCUUAUAUCGAGAUUUUAAUUUCAGUUAUUCUAUAAGAUUUUACAAAAUUGAUAUAAAGGAAAAACUGUUAACUAUGUUAACCUCAGAAACUCCAUUCGAAGUACCUCCUACUUGCCUUAUACCAUCACCUCAUGGGGGUGUUAUAGUAUUAUCUAGUGUACAAUUGGCAUAUUUCCCGGAAGAUGAAUCAUUUUCUCUGUCAUUCGCAAGACCAGAUACAAUUAUAACUAAAGAUAUAACCGAUGAAGGAUUAGUUAAUGGAGAUGUUGGAUUAUUUGUUGCCUAUGAUAUCAUUGAUGAAUCUCGAUAUAUUCUAACUACAAAUGUAGGAAUCUCAUAUAUUUUAUAUUUAGAUAUCAAGAAGACACAUGCAGCUGUUCAAGUUCAAGAAUUCCGGUUGAUGAAGUUGGGUAGAACUACUAUACCAAAUCCUAAUGGAUUACAUCGUAUAAAUGGUGCAUACUUUUAUCAAUCAUCCCAAUGUCUCUGUGACAUAAUCUUUAGAGUGGAUUCCAAUAAGCCAUUUAUUAAUAUAGUACUGGCAACAACAGAACCUCAAGGUCCUAUACUUGAUAUAAUACCGAAAUUAAAUGAUCCAGGAUUUUUCACUCUUAUGGGGAAUAAAAACCAUACAAGAAUAUUUAAUAAUAUAAGUGAUAGCAAAUACCAUUUUGAUUUCCAAUCUCUAUGUAGGACUCGGAAAAGGAUGACUCGAUGUAUACCGGUUGUGGGUUCUAAAGCAUUUGUUGCAGUGGAUGAAGAUACUGAAUGCUACCUUUUUGGAUAUAUGGCAGGAAUUAAUUAUAUAAUGAAAUUUGACUUCUCUGGAUUUUUGUUAUCCGCCAAGGAGGUCAAUAACAGGCAAUUGUUUUUAACCACCGUGGGGUUGUACAAUGGAAAGGUAUUGGUGUAUACUGAUCCGAAAGAUAUGGAUGACUUUAUACAUAGUGGAGAUAUUUAUGAUGGAGGUAUUUUAUUUAUUUCCGGUAAAGGAGAACUCGUAUAUCGUAAACAUUCUGGUAGAAAAUUUACAUAUAAAUUUGAUUGUCGGAGCAUGCUUAAUGCUUUAGUUUCUAUGUCAAUUGGAUCACACGAGAAGAUAUGUUUAUUGUCAACGUCUUAUGGCAGUAUCCUGUUAAUAUCCUUCAAAAACGAGAAGUUUAAUAUUAUUGAUGAAUGGCGUCUAAAGAAUAUUGGAAUCACUUCUUCAGCUUUGUCCUAUAAAGAUAAGACAAUUUACUGUUUUGUAAUUACUGAUGAAGGGUACUUAAUCCAGUAUUCAAUUGAUUCAAAAAGAGAUCGGAAAUUAAUUGUUAAAUAUAAGAUAGGCCCAGAAUGGAGUUUUUGUGAAGGAUUACCUGAUGAAUUAUUUUUAAAGAGCUCAGGCAAAACCUGUUCAUUGCUGUUUAAUUAUACUGUAAAUCAUUAUGUUUUGACAUAUUUUCCAGAAGUUGAAUCCGGAUUCAUGAACCCGAUAGGAGGCAAGACAUUCAUUUUAACUUCACAUGAGUAUGAUCAGUUAGAGCAUUUAGAACUUGAAAAUGAGGAUACUAUUAAUGAUAGUAAGACCCUUUCUCAUUGGCAUCCUAACUAUUUCUUAAAAGCUCUUACAGUGCAAGAGUUAAUGUUACUUACUUUGACAAAAAUGGAUUCUAUCCAGGGAAGUCCAAGGAUGUUUCUUGAGUUAUAUGAUACUUCAAACAUGAAAUUAUUAGAUAAGUUUGAAUUUGACAAUACUCAAACUAAUGGUGCUAAUGUCAGCGAUAUAAUUUUGAUUCGUAAGAAAGAAGCUGAUAUAGACACAGUCGAUUUAUUAGCAGUUACCGAGAAGUGUGGUAUAUUUGUGAUUAAGAUUGUGAAUCAAAAGAUAGAGGUUGAAAGUAUAAAAUAUCCAAUUGGGUUAACCGAUGAAUUAAUUAAUAAUUCUGAUAUUAGAUCAAUUAGUCAAGGCAGUGUUGAAGAAGAGUUUUAUUUAAUUGGAAAGAUGAUUAUAGUGUUACGUUAUUCAAACAAUAUUUUUGAAACAGAUGUACUUCCAGUCCCAACUCCUUCGAUAGGGAUACUACAUUCUGAUAAAGUAUUUGUGGACGCUUCACAGGGACUAUUUGAAUUCCGAAUUGACCACUUUAAUAGCAUCGAUGGCAAAAAUCACAUUAAAAUAGAACAGAGAAGAAGUUUGGAUCAUAGAUUCUUGACAGCUUUAGAGAUAUCCAAAGAUAGGAGAUUUUCCAGAUCGAUAUACUUAGGUGAUGCGAUAGGUAACUUUUCCGAAGGCUUGGUAGAGUUCAAUAUUGGAGAUCAGAUCAAUUGCAUACGACAAAUUCUUCACAGUGACAAAUCUAAUUGUUUUCCAUUUGAGCUUAUAAUUGGUACUUUACAUGGUGGAAUUUAUGUACUUUCUAGUGUUAGUAAAUAUGAUUAUGAUGUGUUUAGCAAAUGUUGGGAGGAACUUAGAAAGUCAAGUUUCUAUAUGGGCAUGGCCAAAAGGUUCAAGACGUCGCAGACCCGAGAUGAGGGGGAUGAAAUAAUAUUCCACACUAGUAUAUCUGAGAGUUCUGCUAUGGGCCUAUUUCUAAAGUACUAUGAGAAUCACAACCUAAAUAGUGAUGACGAGAACAACGAACUAGUACAGGAAGCCAAGUCAAUGACGAAGUGUGUCAAGAAUGUGAACAUGUUGAAAGAGUUGUAUCUACUGGCGAUGACCAGAGAUUUCAGUUGGGAAUAUGAUUAUGAGUGUCUAUAGGAUACAGUAUACAGUAUAUAGAAUACACUAUAGGAUACAGUAUAUACAGUCUAUUUACAGUUCAACAACUCUGUCGAGACCCUGUCAUAGUGACAGCACUUAACAACCACAGCCAACAGUAAUCAACUAUCGCGAACAUCACAUGCCAGCCAGUGACGGUAAGAAUAAUAAUAUUAACCAGUAACCAGUAACCAGUAAUAACCAGUUGGCAACCAGUAAACAGAACCAAACAGUUUUUGCGACUGUUUACAAUUUU